GGAGACUCUCUCAGUCGGUGCUUUGCAAACAAAUACAGACCUGGGGUGAUUACGGGAAGGAUCAUGGAGGUGAACGCAACUGAGAAAGUGUUUCACUUGGUUGACGGCACCGCCAAAACGUUCUAUGCUACUCCAUCUGACAACAGUUUGCUUGCCGAAGUGCCCGUGCAGUUUGUUAAUGGAAAGGUGGUGAACUCCUCGGCAAUGCUUCAUGAGUACAAAAGCGCAGCUCAGUGCUUGCAUGCCGCCGGGGUUAAGGUCUCUACCAUCUCAAAGGCUCGAAUGGGUAUUCUAAAAAAUGUUACAAACUGGAGGCGAGAGAGAAAGACAAGGGUUGUGCGGUCCUCCAGCGUUGGCCAUCGACAUUCAUCAUCUGACAGACCCAAGUCCGUUGAUCCAUUAGCUCCGCUUCUGCUUCAUGGGCAGAGCUGCACGAGCUCCACGAGGCAAGACGCAGAUGCAGACGAACUACGCUUCAGCAAACCAAGAAAUUACCGGCGCGUAGUGGUCCUUGGCGCACCGAGAGUGGGUAAGACGGCCAUCCUGAGACGAUUCUUGCAAGGAGGGUUUGAGGACAAUUAUAUACCCACAACAGAAGACUUUCACAGUAAACUGUACCACAUCCGUGGAGAAACGUAUCAGAUCGAUAUUCUGGACGCCUCAAAUGAGAGGGACUUCCCUGCCAAGCGUAGGCUGUCAAUACUUACAGGUGAUAUAUUCCUCCUUGUGUUUAGUGUGGAUGACAGGCAGUCUUUCAACGAAGUCUGUUCUUUACGCACAGAGAUUAAACUGGCCAAAUCCAAGCUUGGCAAGUCUAAAGAGAACACUCAAGUCCCCAUAGUGAUAUGCGGGAACAAAGUCGACCUGCAGGCCAAGAGGGUCGUCAGCCGUCCAGAGAUGUGCGAAAGACUCGGGGAAGACGCUGCUGUGUUUGAAACAUCGGCUAAAGACGGUACCCAAAUGGAGAAGAUGUUCGAAGCCCUGGCACAGCUCGGCGGACUCCCUGUCGAGACACGCCCGUCCCUGCACAGGGACAUUUCAAUUCGCUCCUAUGAAGCGCUGCACGGUGGAAAGCGAAGCAAACGGGAGAUCCGAUUGCUCGCCUUAGAUGGACCUUGCGGUGCAGUUUAUCCACUGGCUCGCCGCCCUAGUUAUCACAGCGAUCUUCGUCGCAUUCUCGGACCUAGUGCCUCUAAGAGGACCACUCCUAUUGAGAGGUGCCAGAUCCAAUGAGAUUGUAUAAAGCGACGUCCACAUCAUUUAUGAAUAAUAAUUAUUCAUUUUACCGUAAGAAUAUGUUAUUCUAUUCUCCUGGCUGGACCAGAGAGCGUAUAUUCUUUGUGCAGAAGUGACUGUAUCCUGCGAGAAAACUAGCCAAUAUUUUGGGCUAGAAUACACAUCAUUAUCAACUGUGAUGUUUAGGAACUGUUUCCUUACUCUGAUAAAUUCUAAUAAAUCAAAAUGAUAUUAAA